AUGCACUUCUCUGAGAAACACAAUGCCUGCUCUGAGAAAGCGUUUAAGCCUGUUUUUAUACAGUCUAUAGAUAACAUAUAUGGUUUAAGCGGACGUUCGUGGAGCAGCACAUCUGUCAUUCACCGGAAGCUGGUUAGAAACGGCGAGGAGAAGAAAUCAGUGAUUUGGUUGGAGGGAAAUAUCGCAAGUGGAAAGACAACAUGUCUGGAAUACUUCAGCAAAACCAGUGACAUUGAAGUGUUAACAGAGCCUGUGUCUAAAUGGAGGAAUGUGCAAGGAUGCAAUCCAUUGGGAUUGAUGUACCAGGACCCUUCUAGAUGGGGACUCACUCUUCAGACGUAUAUCCAACUGACAAUGCUGGAUCGGCAUGUCUUACCGAUGGCAUCAGCAGUCAGAAUGAUAGAAAGAUCUAUUUACAGUGCAAAGUACAUUUUUGUGGAAAAUCUUUACAAAAGUGGAAAGAUGCCCGAGGUGGACUUUGCUGUUUUAAGUGAAUGGUUUGAGUGGAUCAUAAAGAAUAUUGCUAUUCCUGUGGACCUUAUUGUUUACCUGCAGACGUCUCCACAGACUUGCUACGAAAGACUAAAGCAGAGGUGCAGCGAGGAAGAGAAGCUCAUUCCCUUGGAGUACCUAGAAUCAAUCCAUCACCUCCAUGAGGACUGGCUCAUUCAUCACAAGUCGUUUGAGCUUCCUGCUCCAGUUCUGGUAAUCCCAGCAGAUCAUGACCUUAAGAAGAUGCUGCAUCAGUAUGAGGAGAACAAAGAGAAGAUAUUAAUGGCACAUUUUAAGAUCUGA